AUGUUUGGGGAGCCGGAAGGAGCACACAAAGACGAAGUGCAUCGUCACAUUAAAGCGUCAAUUGGACUGGAAAAGCUAUCGGAAUCAUGCAAUGGGAGCAAGAAAUCUCCUUCAGAAAUUGAUAACAUUUUUUUUGCUUCAAUGGAAAGGAUCUCUUUCCUUGUCAAAAAAUACAAUCAAUCUCCCAACGACGAGGCCAGGGAGUUGAUUGCAAAAAUUUCACUUGUCGAGCAGCUGAAUAUUAGAAAGGCCCUCGAAAAAAAGUUUUGUUUGUCUCCGGCCACCGAAUACAAGGCGCAGCCUUACAACUCGUCCGCACUCAAGGUGGCCAUCGAGACAAUUUCAAAUCAAUAUAAGGUUCAAAUUUCGCUUGUAACUAUAGAAUGA